AUGACCGCUCGCCCACAUGCAGUUGUUCGUCAAUACGAGGAGGACCAGGCGAAGGAGUUUAAGCUCUCUUCCGGGAACGCAAGUGAGGAGAAGGACGACAGUUAUCAGAGAGGUUUUACACUCCCUCUCAUCCUCCACCCAAGAGUGUUUCGUGCAUCGCUUGGCCUGGACAACAGGGUCAACAGGCUAAGCGACUGGAUCAUUGAUGUGUCAACCGAGAAGAUAUCUUUCUCCUUUCCGGCUGUUGCUACCAUCUUGCCGUCAGCUUGGGUGCUGUGGGGUGAUGCAGUGAAAGCGUUCCAGCGAUAUUUUCAAGAGAAGCACAAAGAGGAGCGUGAAGACGAGCGAAACAAGCCUCUGUCUGACGAGGAGGCUUCGAGCAACCUCAAGGAAGCCAUGAAGCAUCGAGAGGCGGAGGGAGGGGUGAUAUUGUCUUUGCGGGAAGAGUCUUCCCCCGCACAAAGUGACAUGAUUCACGUGGAUCCUCGGUGGCUCAUCGACCUCGUGAGGCGGGUCACAGAUCACAACCUCGUGGACAAGAAAAACGAACACGAGAUAUUGAAGGAGCUGCUCGAGUACGGCAGAACCCGGCCCGACACUCUCAGUGGGUACAAGAACCUGUGCGAAACACACACGUGCUUUAUUCGACAGGGUCGCCUGAACCGGAAAUACCUUCGGUUUCUGUGGGUCCAUCGCAAGCUGGAAGUCGAAGGCGGUUACGCGGGGGUUCAAUUAGAGAACGACACCUUCGACAGCAUGGUGGACACCAUGAUCAAGUACUUGUUCAUUUACCCCUCUCACGGGGAGUGCAGCAAAGCGGAGGGCUUUUACAUCGUGCCGGCGAGGUUACCAGAGAUUGGGAAAGAUAACGUUCUGGAGGAAAGCAUCGGGCUCGACGAGGUGGUGGUGGGAAAGACAGCGUGGUUCCUGCGGAGCCACGCCCCAACAGGAAUAAUUGGGUGCUUUUUGGCCUUCACCUCAAGCAGAUUUGAGGCUUCAGGCGAAUGCUGGCAGCACGGGGCUCACAUUCAGUGGAAAAAGGACUCUAACGAGCACGACAUGCUUCUUUGCGAGACCACGAUUGAAAAGGACAUAAUCCCCGGACCGGGCACCCUCCCUGCGAUUGCUAUUUGCGUCAAGGGCAAGACUGCCGAAGCUAAGGGCGUCCUGCGAGAGGUUGGAGAACAGCUAUUGAGUCUUCUCAAAGACGUUAUCCACGUGCACUUCGAGCGAUACCUGGCCACAAAAUUGGCUACAAUACUGGAAGAUACCAGGCGUGAAUCCGUUCGGAUGUUCCGGGCGGCGUUUCCAUCAUAUGGUGAGCACGUCGAGCUUCUGUAUCCACGACUGGUGCUACUCAAGCCGGUCGAGACCACUAGUAUCCAGGAAACGCAAGUCGAGAGCGUUAGUGGCGCCAAAAAACUGCGCAGGACGUGGGACCGGUGGAUAGACCUCUGCUGGUCGGGUGGCAGCUGCGACUUUGUUCUCGUCAUUCUGUGCGAGCGCGACUUCUCGGAAAUUCCUUGUGGGCCACAGGGCAAGGGUUUCAGGGUACACAACCCGGGCUCAUUGUUCAACACGUUGAAGCCCUUGCUUCAGGGAGCGCUUUGGCUGGUGAAGAUCGCUGUCGGGACCGUGGCCAGCGUCUAUCUUCCACUUCACGACGUACUCGAAGCUUUCCUCCACGCCACCGCAGCCGAGGUGCUUGAGGCCGCGCCCAGCCAGUUCAGCCCAAGUGCCACUCUCGAUGAAGGGCAGCAAGAGGGGUUUAAGGAAUUGCACGGACCGGCGUACAAGGCCUUGUGCGAUUUCAUGAGAAAAGAGGAGUUCGGCCCAGAAGAGGCGCAGUGCUGUCCGUGCUUGCCUUGGCACCGCCCCCGGGUUCACGAGCCCAUACUGAGUGAAUUCGAUUGGAGAAGUCACAUGUACAAGAUAAAGAAUGGUGUUGGAUACUCGUGGGUUCGAAAGUCUAGCGAGCAGUAA